AUCGCGCCGGCUUUGAAUGUUCUCACGAAACUCAUUUACUCCGUUGACAACAAGAUCCUGAUCGACGCGUGCUGGGCUAUUUCCUACCUCUCCAAUGGCUCAAACGAUAAGAUCCAAGCUGUCAUCGAGUCUGGUGUCUGCCGCCGCCUCGUCGACCUACUUUUGCAUCCAUCAACUUCUGUCCAGACUCCGGCCCUGCGCUCCGUAGGAAACAUCGUGAUGGGUGACAACCUGCAGACCCAGGUGGUCAUUGCAAGCGGCGCUCUCCAGGCCCUUCGUUCGCUCUUGAGCAGCCAGAAGGACGGCAUCCGCAAGGAGGCAUGCUGGACGAUCUCGAACAUCACCGCCGGCUCGUCGCCGCAGAUCCAGGCAAUCAUUGAUGCCAACAUCAUCCCCGCCCGUCGAGCACAUACCCGGCCGCCAUCAUGCUCGUAG